AAAAGAAGCAUUUUCUUGCCAAAGGUGGUCUGGUUUUGCGCUAGGGCUUCGAAAGCGGUUUCUUCAAUAACCGAAAAUUCCCAUAAUUCUGUUUCCCGUCUACAUAGUAGCUGUUUCGCACUUAUACCAAUCAUCAGCCGCCGGCCCUGAUUCACUUUCCGGCGGCAGUUUCCGGUGGCCUGAAGAAAUGGUGAGGAAUAAUGCGAAUAAUCAGCGAGAAGAGGAAGAAGAAGACGAGGAAGUUCUCGCUCCGAGGACUAUCAGUGGCUCUUCACAGAGAGUUCAAGUGGAUGGGAGGAGUAAUGAUCAGAAGAGCAAUGCUUCUCGGUCCAAGCAUUCUGAGACGGAGCAGCGUAGGAGGAGUAAGAUUAACGAGAGGUUUCAGGUUUUGAGAGAUAUUAUACCUCAAAGUGAUCAGAAGAGAGAUAAAGCUUCUUUCUUGUUAGAGGUUAUUCAGUAUAUUCAGUUUUUACAAGAGAAGACACAAAUGUAUGAAGGAUCCUACCAAGGUUGGUCUCAUGAGCCAUCAAAGUUGAUUCCAUGGAGAACGCAUAGUGGACCUGUUGAAAGCUUUAUAGAUCAAUCUCAAUAUGUUGUGAGAAAUGGUGGCUCUGGUCAGGAGGAUAAUGUUGUUACACCACCUCCUGCUAUCUUCUCCAAUGUUCAUCAGGAUUCUAUGGAGUCUGAUUUUUGUGAGAAUGCUGAAUACCAAGAAACUGCUGAUCAUCAUCAACUUCAGUCAAUGCAACAACAGCAGUCAAAUAAUUUAUAUGAUGACAUACAUAUUCAAGAAACUGAGAAACUGGCUCCUUCUUCCUCGGGAUUUGAAUUUCCUCAGUUUACAGCUUUUGCAACUGAUAAUUAUGCUGCAAAUAAACUGGUUGAAAGUGAAGAAAGUAACCUUUCGAAAGCAUGCUCUCAACGGUUGUUGAACAUGAUCAGUCAACGGCUGAGAUCUUCUGGGGUGGAAUUGUCACCGGCUAGUAUGUCUGUUCAACUUGACCUUGGAAACCAGUCAAAAACUGCAAAGGAUCAUCAUGAGAAUCUGUCUGUGGGCAACCAAUCAAGGGUGAUUACUGGAAUGAGGAGCGGUUGUGAGGAUCAGGGUCGGAAAAGGCUGAAGUCGAUAAUCUCUUAGACAUGGCCUUGGCCUUGGCCGGUCUUACUAAUAUCUCUCGUCCAAUUUUGUUGGGUUUUCUUCCGGAGUUUCUUAGCAUGCAAAGUGUGGGGAAGUUGCUAUGUGUAUAUCGGUUAUGGCUUUGCUUCUACAGUUCAGGUGCAUGUUUUUGUUUGUUUGUUUGUUUUAAAUUGGUGUUAAAAGAGUUGCUGCCUUUUAGAGACUUAGUUUAUGAUUGCUUGAAGCUUCCAGUUUAACAUUAUUGAGAAGAAGUUGUUGCUGCUGCUGCUGCUUAUUAAUUAAGAAAAUUACCUUUUAAACU